UUUCUGUAUUUUACAAUAUUUGUCAAACCUUAAUGUAAGUAAUUAAACACAUUCUGUUUAUUUAGUAAAUAGGUAUCAGUAUUUUCAUAAUGGAUCAAUUUGAAAAAUUAAUACUUCAUUGGAUAUCUCUGUUUGAAGACUUUAUAGAUUAUGAAUAUUCAAACAUUUCUUCACUUAUUAAAAGUAGUAAUUUUAAAAACCUAGUUAAUGAUGUAUUUUGUUUUAAACCUUCAAUAUUCACUACUGAAGAUGAUCGAUUAUACAACACUAUUAAGAUUAACUAUCAAGAAUUUGAAGUUCAGCAACCAUUACUUAUGUAUACUGAAGAAAAUUCUUGUUAUACUUGUGUAGUAGUACUCUUACAUGCGUUAUUGAAGUGUACUAAUAAUAAAUAUAGAGAUCAAUUAAGUGAAAAGAUGAAUAGUAAAGAACAAGUGUUUCUUGCAAAAUUUUUAGAAGUUACACAAAGUAUUGAAUUUACAAAACACAAUAUUUCCGAAGCAUUAGAAAUAGCUUACUCAAAUAAAGAAAACCUUACAGACUCUUUAAUAACUGAUGAUUUUUCAAACAAUGUAACACCAGUUAAAACAAAACCAUUGAGACGUAGUUAUCUUCAAGAAUUUUGUGAGUCACCAAAAUCACAAUCUUUAAUUUAUAAAGAGAAAGAAAAACUUAUCAACAAACUCACAGAAGAUUAUAAAAAUGAAUGUGAAGAAAAUGAUAAGCUAGCUGAUAAAAUAAAACAGUUAGAUAAUUUAAACAAUAAGCUAAGUACAAAGUUAGAAGAUAAAGACAAGUUAAUUAAAUGUUUAAAAGAUGAGAUUGAAGAACUAUCGAAGCCUAAAGAAUUACCAGUUGCUGACAAAGUUUUAAAUAAAUUACAAAUGACGAAAUUUCAUCAAGAUAUUUUUGAUUUAGAGAAAAGUGUUGCUGAACUAAAACUUCAAAUUUCAGAAAUGGAAAUUAGUCAAACGAAUCUUCAAAAUCAAUUACAAAAAAAAAUAUCAGAGAAUAAAAUUCUUUCGUCUGAGUUUGACAAGAUUGAAACAGAGAAAAUUGAAUUAGAAAAAUCUAUUGAAACCUAUAAAAAUAAUAUCUUUGAAAAAGAUAGGGAAAUAACUUCUUUAAAGGAUGAAAUACAUAGCAAAAUUCUAUCAAAAAGUCCAAUGUCCAAUUCUUAUAGUAAUGAAGCAAGUUUAGCCAACUCGAAUACUUUGUUUGAUGAAUUAAAAUGUCUUAAGCUUGAAGAAGUGACUAAAGAUAAAGAGAAGUUUAAACAAAAAUAUAAAACAACAAAAAGAGAUCUCUUAAAUACUGAAAAUCAACUUCAAGAAUUAAAUUCAAAAAUAACAAAGUUAAAACAACAACUAGAAACAAAUGAAACAAAUCAUAAAGAUCUUAUAAAUGAUUGUUCAAAUAAAAAAAAAGUGUUACAAGAGUCUCGUAAAAAGAUAAUUUCAUUGGAAACCAAAAAUAAUUGCUUAAAAAAUUGUAUCAAAGAUAAAGAAAAUGUUAUUAAAUCGGUCUAUACACAGUUGAAUGAAAAAGAAAGUAAAAUUAAAGACUUAUUAAUUGAAAUGGAAAUUAUAAAAAAAUCAAAAACAAUGAUUGAACUAAUAUUGACAAAAACUAAUACUGAAAUUGAAGAGUUACAUGAAGAAAAUAACAAGCAAGUCACUGACUUAUUAGUCUCAAUUGAAAAUUUUAAAGUUUCAGAAAAUAAACUUUCUCAGAAGAUAUUAGAAUUAGAAAACAAUAUAACAGAUUUAAAAAAAGAUUUAGAAAGUAGAGGUAAUCAAAUUACUCUAUAUGAAAAUAAACUAUCAGAGAAUUGUCAAAUAUUAUCUGUAAAAGAAGAACAGUUAGGAAUGGUAUAUCAAGAAAAGGUUGUUACUGAAAACCAGUUAAAAAAUUUAUCAGAAAAAAUUGAUGCUCAAGAGAAAUUGUCAAAAAGUAAAAUAUUAGAAAUGGAAAACUAUCUAGAAUAUUAUAUUGAAGAACUUGAAAAUUCUACAAAAAAAAUAUUAAAUUUAGAAAAAACAUUGGAUGGCAAACAAAAGAAUUUAGACAUACAAAUGAAGUCAAAUAGUGACCAAAAAGAAGUGAUUAAUUUAUUAGAAAGUGAAAAAUUUACAUUAAACAAAGAAGUAUCAAAACUUAAUCAUGAUUUGAUAGCAAAAACAAAUGAAAUAAAAAAAUUAGAAAAAAAUAUAACACAACAUGUUUCAGCUUUAAAUGAAAAACAAAAAGAACUUGAAAAUAUUGUUACAUUAAAUAACAAUAAUAUUGAUGUCAUAUCAAUACUCACAAAAGAAAAAUUGUCUGUUGAAUAUGAUUUAAAAGUUGCUUUAGAAAAUAUAUUGAAUCAAGAAAUUAUUAUAAAAUCAUUGCAAGAGAAACUUUUUGCUAAAGAAAUGGAUUAUGAUAAUUUAAUGAAAAUACAUAAUUCCAAAGUUAAGGAAAUUAAGAAACUUGAUGAAGAGUUACAAUUAGUAACAAAAAACAUGGAAAAUAUGAAGGAUAUGUAUAAUGAGCAACUUAUAAAAGCAGAAAAAUGCUUAGAGAUUUCUGAAAAUAAAUUAAAAAUGCAAGAAAGUGCAUUGGAAUCUUUAGAAUGUACAUUACAUGAAAAAAACACUGAUAUGGAAAAGAAAGUCGAUUUAUUAAAAAAACUAAAAGAAAAUAUUAACAGUUUGGAAGUACAACGCUGUGAUUUAGAAGAAAAACUAGUAGGUAUUGAAAAGAUCUUAUUAACUAAAGAAAGUGAAGUCACAAAUUUAGAAAACAAUAUUUUUGAUAAAAAUAUACAUAUUAAAAACUUAGAAGAACAAUUAGGAGUUAUGUCUAUUGAAAAAGUAAUGCUUGAAACUAAUUUGAAUGAAACUGUUGAUCAAAUAAAAAGUUCACGUGAAGAUUUUACUAAACAAGUUAAUGAAAUGGUUAAGCAAUUAAAUGAAAGAGCUGAAGAAAUUGGUUGUUUGAAAAAUCACUCAUCAAAUCUCGAACUUUUACUACAGGAAAGAAAAGUAGAACUUGAUGAUCAGAUUUCUUUAUCACUAGAACAAAUUGAAAUUUCAAAAAUGUUAAAGAUGGAAAAAGAGCAGUUAGAUAGUCAAAUUAUUGACUAUAAUAAAUGUGUGGCAACCAUGAAAAAUGAGUUAAAAUGUCAAGAAGAUAAGAUUUAUAAAAUAGAAAUGACAUCUCAAAAUUUAAAGGAACAAUUAAAUAUUGUUUCUUUAGAAAAAUUGAAUUUAGAAAAUAAUUUAAAAAGUAAUGUAGAAGACUAUGAUGAGAAAAUAAGAGAUUUAAAUGAUGCUCUUGAUAAUCUUAAGAAAGCGUUAACAGAAAAAGAAUGUGAAUUAAGAAUAAAAGAAAGUGAUUUUGAAUGUAUAAAAGAAGAAAAUAAUAAUUUAAAAGCAACUGUAAAUUAUUUUGAAAAUCAAUGCAGCAAGUUACAAGAUAAUAUAACUGAGUUGAAUGGUUAUUUAGAACAAAAAGAUAGUUACAUAGAAUGUUUAAAAAAUGAUUUAUCUGAAAAUACAUGUUCAAAAGCUAUAAUUGAACAGCAACUUGUAAAAGUUCAUGAAGCGUUAAAUAUUAAAAGUAUAGAAUUAAACAAACAAAUUCAGCUUCUUGAAGAACAAAAAGAGACAUUUAAAAAAAUAUCUCAAGAGAAGGAAGACAUCUCUAACAAAUUAAACAGUGUCGAAAACAGUUUAUCUCACAAAGAAUAUGAAUUUAAUCUUUCUGAGGGUAAAUUAUAUGAUUGUAGUGUUACCAUAAAUAAUUUAGAAAAAGAUUUAUUUAAUAUGAACAAUGAAAAAUCAUCAUUGGAAUUGCAACUUAAUGAAAUUAAAAAUCAGCUCAUUAACACUAAAGAAGAGCUAAAUCAACAAUUUGAUAUUCAAAGUCAAUUGAAUUGCAAACAAGAAGACACAUGUAAAGAAAUAAAACUAUUAAAUGAAAAAUUAAAAGAAAUGGAAUCUUUGAAAUUAAAAAUAAAUAAUUUGACUUUUGAAAAUGGACGUCUAAAUAGUUCUUUAGUAGAAAAAGAUUCAAUAAUAGUUGAUAUUGAAAAAAUUAUAUCUGAACAAGAGAAAAACAUUAGAGAAAUUAAAGCUGAAAAAAUAUUUUUGCAAUCUGAAAUAGAAGAAUUAAAAGCGAUUUUAGAAAUUAAGCAACAAGAAUCAUUUAAAGAUUGUGAAAAUAUAAAUAAAGAACUUUUAGAUAUUAAAGAUCAAUUUAAAGAAAAGCAAACAGAAUUUAAUGAACAAUUGAAAAAGUUGGCUAGUUGUGAUUAUUUAAUAGCAGAGCUAAAUUCAGAAAAAAAAAAUUUAUUAAAAGAAAUUAAUUCAUUGAAACAUACACUAAGUGAUAAAGAUUUGGUUAUAGUUGCUAAUAAAACAAAAAUACAAGAAUAUGAACACUCUUUUGAUAGUUUAACAAAUGAAAAAGAAUCAUUAUUUGAUAAUUUGAGUCGAUGUAAUAUUGAACUUGAAAAUACUCGUAAUAAUUUAAUGUUACAAAUUGAUGAAAUGACCAAUAGGCUUUACUCUUUAGAAGAAAAAUUGACAAUUGAAAAAACAAAUAUGGCCUUCCGUACUAAAGAAUUGGAAGAAAAAGAUAAUCUUAUAGCUAUUUUAACAUCGGAAAAAGAUAAUUUUUGUAAUGAAAUUAACCAUUUAAAAAAUAGUUUGGCCAAAAAAGAUUAUGAUUUAAGUAUAAAUGUAGAAAAGCUAAAUAAUAAUGAAAAAAAAAUUAUUGAACUGCUGAAUCUAAAAGAGUACUUAGAAUUACAAUUGAAGGAAAACGAGAAUGUUCAUCAUGAAAUGAAAGAAAAACUGGAAGUAUCUUACAAAAAUUUAAACGAGAUCAAGCAACCUUAUAUUGAUUUACAAUUAGAACUUGUCAAACAAAAAGUACAAUCUGAUGAACAAGAAAGCCUAAUUACUUCAUUAAAAAAUGAAAAAAAACUUUUAAGAGAUGAUAUUAAAUUGAUUAAUGAAACUCUUUUACAGAGAGAUACUGAAUUAUGCAAAUUAAAAGUUGAUAUUAAUUAUUUCAAAAAUAAAAACAUUGCUUUUAUUAAUGAAUUAAAUAUGUUAAAAUCUCUGUUAAAAUCAUUGCAACAAGAAGCUGUGCAGCUGUUUUCAUUUGUAGAAAGCAAGUUAAACUACAUUGAAAAACAAUUUAGUUUACAAUUGUCUAAAGUUAUGAAACAAAUUGAAAUAAAACAAAGUACACUAUGUGUAAUGAAACAAGAAGUGAAUUACUUAAAAGAAGCAAAAGAUAACUUAAAAUUAUUUCUUCAAAAUAAAAAAGAAGAGUUUGAAAAAUACAUGUUAGAUUUUUUGAGUCUUUCUACUAAUACUGUCAAAAUUGAACCAAUAGAAGUAGAUCAUCAGAAUUCGUUGAUGGAAGUAAUUACAUCAGCGGAUACAUUUAUUGAACAAAAUGGUAUUCAACUAGGACUACUUGGUAAUCUUAAUGAAUAUUCUAUAAUUGAACGAUUAAAAAAAUUAUUUGAAGCACUCAAAAUGUUCAUAAUUAAUAUUAAUACUCAAAGUAGUUUACGAGCAAUAACCCAAACUGAUGGUCAACCAAUAACUGAUGAAGCUUAUAUUGAGUUAUUAGCCAAAUCAAAAAUACAACAUGAAAAAAUUAAAAACUUAGAAAAUGAAAUGUUAAAACUAAAAACAGAGUGUAAUUACAAAAUGACCAAAGUACAACAGAAAACUCAGGAAUAUGUAACAUCUGAAUAUGAGAAAAAAUUUGAACGUAAAAGAGAACAAAUGAAACAAUUUUGUAAAGAUCUUGAAACCAAAAUACAUCAAGAUUAUGAAGCCAAAUUAUUAAAGUAUAAAGAAAAGAUUAAUAAAGAUGAAAUUCAUAUAAAAGAGCUUGGUCAACAAUUGUGGGAAGUUAGUGAAAAAUAUUUAAAGCUUCAACAAAAAGAAAGAAGAGAAUCAACUGCAUCCUUACCAUUUGAUAUAUUAUCAAAUGUAUCUAAUUUAUCCUCAGUCUCGAAGUACAAUUCUAAUACAUUACCCAAGUCUAGUUCAGUAGGACAUAUUAAAUCUUUAGUUGAUGAAUCCACACAAUUAAGUCAAAAUAAAAGAAAUGUACCUACUGGAAUUGGUAAAAAAUUCAGUUUAUCCUCUGGUAAAAUAUUUCCUAAAGAAGAAGAUGAAGAAGGUGAAAUGUUUAAUCAUUCAUGCUUAGCAGAUUUGAAACAAGGUAGAGUUAAAUUAAAUGAUAACAAUGGAAAGUCACAUGCUGAAAGAUUAUCAGAAUUACAAGCUCGUAAUUCUCUUUGCCCACCACAUUUGAGAAGUUGUUAUGCUGUUGAAACCAAUUAUUUGCCUAAUGCUUCAUUGAUAACUGAAGAAGAUAUUAAGACUACAACUAAUUAUAGUGAUAAUGAAUGUGAAAACUUAAUACCUAAUGAUCGAAAAAAAAAAGACAGAAAUCAGACAUCAUAUAAAAAACCUGGACCUCCUACUCCAAGUAAAAAUGGUGGACGUGUAUCAUUAUCAGGUAAUGGGAAAAGUUCAUUGAAGGAAACAAAAGAGUCAAAUUCAAACUCUAGGAGACGAGCUAGCAGUACUCCUAAUAAAUUAUUUAGUUUAUUUAUGAGUAAAAAAUGAUAACAUUUUUUAUUUAUAUGAUUAAUGUGUACACUUUUAUACUUAUGAUACUUUUAUACUUCAUUUUAAUUAAAAAAUUUUGUAAAUACUUUUCAAUGUUUUUGAAUUAUAAUUAAAAUAUGUGUUGAUUUCAUGAUA